ACAAUGGAUGAACACGUGCCGCUCCUCGGGGUGCACCAACAUGGCCGCGGAGCCUGCAGGGGGCGCCAGUGACUACUCACAGCCCCGGCCCUCACCUCUAUCACUCCGCAGCCGCCCGGAGUCCAGCACGAGGACCGGGAGCGGUAACAACACCCGGCGGUGUGCGGUGUGAGGACUCGCCAACAUAGCGGAAGACGCUCCGCACCGGCUAUGAAGGCCGCAGAAGAGAGGACCAAGAUGGCGGCGCUUCCGGAACAGGAGGCGUUACCAUAGCGAUCCGGUCCCUCACCCCCGCAGGAGGUGUCGGCGCGGACGUGUGACGUCACCAACGAGCGACUACCCGACCGACGACGACAGAGAGAAAAGAGCGCGGCCCGGGGAGCAGAGGAGGGGAUGAGAGGACGCGGGGGCCCCUGGAGAGCAGCAGCGGAAGUCUCCCCACGAUGAGGCACACCCCAGUCCAGCGCCAUCUUCCCCCUCUUGCCAGCCACCUCCUGCCUCCCGGGAAGCACGGCAAGCUGUUCAGUAUUCGGGAGGACAGCUGCUGGGAACCGGAGGAAGAGGAGUCACAAGUGAAGAAAACGUGCAGGCAGCCGCCCAGACAGCGCAGGGGGCGGAGACAACGUCUGCGUGUGCUGCGCUCCCUCUAUCUGCGCCUCUACAAGCGGACGAUCUCCCUGCCCUUUUAUUGGAAAAUAUGGGGCAGCCUGGGGGGCCGCAGGAGACGUUUAGGGGCCAGGAGGAGGGAAGGUGGUGGAGGCUCGGCGGGGAUGGAGGUGGGGAAAGCACAACGCUUAGGACCUAUGGAGGAGCCUGCGCUGGCCAAUCACAAAGCUGAAGAGGAUACAGGUUCAGCGUUCGGACUUCCCAAUGGUUUUUCCCCUCUCCCCACGGAGUCCGAGGCCAUCCUCAUCACCAACGUAUGCAGCAUUGGGGCACUGGAUGGCCCUGCCCAAAAUGGACCCCACAGCCAAGGAAGCUUAACCCCUACCGCAGAGAAGGAGGUUCCAGCUUUAACAGAGGAGCAUGUGGCCUGUGUACAGAGUAUCCUGGACCAGUUCCUCCAGACAUAUGGCAGCCUGAUUCCUCUGGGGACAGAUGAGGUGUUGGACAAACUCGAAGAAUUGUUCCAGCAGUCGUUCUCCAGCCCCGCCAGGAGGACGGUCGUGCAACACGUCAUCCAGUCAUAUCAGCGUUUACCUGGAAACAACCUGGUGCGCAGCUUCCGUGUUACAUACAAGAGGCACGUGCUGAGCAUGGAUGAUCUGGGCACACUGUAUGGCCAGAACUGGCUCAAUGACCAGGUAAUGAACAUGUAUGGAGACUUGGUAAUGGAUGCGGUGCCUGACAAGGUUCACUUCUUCAACAGUUUUUUUUACGACAAACUAAGGACAAAAGGAUAUGAAGGAGUUAAGAGGUGGACGAAAAACGUGGAUAUAUUCAGUAAGCAGCUGCUGUUGAUUCCCAUACACCUGGAGGUCCACUGGUCUCUGGUCUGUGUGGACGUCAGUAAGCGGACCAUUACUUAUUUUGAUUCCCAGCGUACCCUGAACAGGCGCUGCCCCAAGCACAUACACAAGUAUCUUCAGGCCGAAGCCGUAAAGAAGGAGCGACCAGAUUAUGUCAGCGACUGGAAGGGCUACUUCAAGAUGAAUGUUGCGCGUCAGAAUAACGACAGUGACUGUGGGGCGUUUGUGCUGCAGUACUGCAAGUUCCUGGCCCUGGAGCUCCCGUUCACCUUUGGGCAGCAGGAUAUGCCAAAACUGCGGCGCCAGAUGUACAAGGAGCUUUGUCACUGCCGGCUGACCAUGUGAACAGAGACGUAGGAGCGUCCGGACUGAGCCAGGAUCGUACAGAGCGACGACAUGUUACUGCCCACUCCAUGUCUGUACGGUGGAGAAGCGUCCUCCAUCGCACCCUCAAUCCCCCAGGCUCCUUUUUGGAGUUUUCACUUGUAAAUUGAGUUGUGACAUUGAGUUUUUUUUCUUUUUAAACAAAGGUAAAAAACUAAACAAAAAACAUUUUUGAGGUUGACCUACCACCCUGAACCCACCCACCGCCCCUCCUCCCUGCAGAGCGUCCAGGUCUGCAUACAACCCUUCUAAAGAAAAAAACAGGCCCUUUUUUGUCUUUUUCCUAUUUUUAUUUUUUUUUUUUAUUUAAAAAUUUAAACUGUUUCUGGGGAAAAAUUUGUAGGUUUUUUCAUUUUGUUUUUCUUUUUUUUUUUUGUCAGAAAACAGAAAAAUAAAAAACGAAUUAAAAAGUUCUAUAGAAAAACAAAAA